AAUAUACACAGCUUAUCAAUAGACGCUGAACGACAUUAAUCACGCCGUCAAAAUUGAGCUCCGCGGCGUUACAUUUUAUUGAACAAUAAACAAAAACAGCUGAUCACGAAGUUGUUUAGACAAUAUAAAUUUUUAAAAAUAAUUUUUAAUUGUUAAUCAACAAAAUAUGUCCCUAGGCUACACAUUUUUAGGCUGUCCACUUUUAGUAAACAUCGACAACAAAGAAAUACUUUAUGAAAUUCUUAACUACUCGGUUGAUGUGCUGCUCGGCAAUAGCGAUGAACAUCAAAUGGAAAAACAUUGCCACAAAUAUGGAUUUCAGAAUGUUUACGAUUUUAUGUUGAUGACACGGAAAAUUGCACGCGCUUAUAAAUCUCACUAUGAAAAUGAGAAUUCCAGCGAAGCAGAAUUGCUAUAUGAAUUUAGCAAUUUAAGUCCUGAAUUUCAACGUUUGGUACCAACUGUGUAUGAAGCGCGGAAAUCGGAAAUUGAAAAAUAUAUGCUACAACUACAUAAUGCUCAGGAUAAUCCUCUAAUACUGUCUUUCGACUACGAUGCUCGUGUAGUAAUUGGCGAUAGCAGUUUCGCUCAAAACUUUCGAGAACUAAUAAGAAUAUAUUUUAAUUGUUGCGAUGGAAAUGGAAAAUUAAGUAAGCUACAUUUCGAAAUGGACUUAAAUAAACUGAACGAAUUUAUUUCUGCUUUAGAAGUAGCAGUGGAUAAAGGCGAUGAAAAUCAUGCUUAAACCAAACCAAAUGUUUUAGUAAACGUGUGGCAAUUCUUUUUUAUCCUUUUUUGGGUGAAAAGUUCUGCUUAAAACCAGCCCAACUUUUAAAAUCUUUCGAAAGUGUACGAUUUGAAACAACACUUAUAUGUUUCGUGUCUAACAUUUACCUUGAGUUUAUUUCAUUCACUUCGAACUCAGUGAAAUUCGAUUAAAAUGUACAUUGCAACAUAUGUAGUUGUGUGAUAUAAAUACAAUGGAUUUAUACGACUA